AUGUUUGCCCUUAAAACACUUGCCAAUUUAUGUACUACUCAAUCAACUCUUCAACAUUCAAUACGUACGGCAAAAGUUUUUAAACCAAAUUUACUUCUUUCAAAACAUCGAAACAUAAAAGUUCAAGAUGGUCAAUGGGUAGAAAAAGAUACCGUAUUAACCUUACAAAACAAUCUCGUUCUUUACCCCGGUGAAAAUACCUCCAUCGCACAUGACUAUACAAUCCGAGCGAAUGUACCUGGUUUCGUUGUGCUAACAACUGAAUCAGUCAAGCCGUAUCCACACAGUCCAUUAUAUCGUUAUGUCAAUAGUGGCAAUGAUGUGAAACGAAAUUUUAUUCACAUUUUUUCAUAUGAAAGGAAUGAUUGUCUCCCACGGCAAAUCGAGCGACGAAAGAUCCCAUUGAAGAAAAUUAGUCCAUAUCAAAUUAAAUUACGAAAUCAAACUGUAUGCUUCCGAGACUUGGUUCUUCGUUAUCUACAUACUCAACUUCAUCAGACGGAAAAUUUGUCGAAUUUCGUCUGUUAUGAUUGUUCAUUGGUUCUAUUGGACAUUGAACAAUGUGCAAAAUACUUACGAAAAACAAUCAAUCAAUUGAAAGUGAAGUUCAACAAGACUAAUCGUCUUCGUACCGCAUCUUUAUCAGCAACGUUUCAAAAGAAGAGGCAAGAACAAGAUCCGACUGUUAAAGAUGAACAACUGCCAAUCAAUCAGUCAGAUUCAGAAGAUGAAUUUGACGAUAUUGACGAUGAAGAAGAAUUUGAUGAAGAGCAAGAUGAUUCACAUAAACCGAACUUAUCUACCAAUGCACCAGUUUCUCAGUCAUCGAAAUCUCUUCUUUACGUGCCGUCAUCAUCAUCUUUGAAAGAUGAUUCUUCAUCGAAGGUUCAUACAACUACUAAUCGUUCGUGCAAUGCUGAUGAAGACGAAGACGACAAUGGUGAUGAUGAUGAUGAAGGUGAACUAAGAAAAGCUUCAAUCGAGAAAUCUCAACAACAAAACUUCAAUGAAUUACUUCAUCGUUUACAAACAAACUCUAUGAAUGCUCUAUCCGGUUCAAAUGGUCUCAUAACAACAGCAGCAACAUCGACUAAUUCAACACAACAAAAUCCGAUAAUGAAUACGUUGGCUAAUAUGCAAAGAAAUUGGUUCUUACAAUUUUUAAAUGACCCUAUGGCAGCUGCUCAAGCAGCACAAGCCGCAGCUGCAGCCGUUUCAGCGACACAAAUCAAGGCUAAUCUAACACCAAUGUCAUUGAUUACAUCGAACAUGAAACAAUUAGGAAGUGGCCGAAAAAGAAAGUCAACGCCUGAAAAACGCGUCGUGACAAAUCAUCAAUCAACGAAUAACAAUGGCGAUAUGUCACCAAAGCCUGAACACGACUCAACUAACAACAAUACUAGUAACAAUAAUGGUAUUCACGAUUUUGCUGAACAUCCGCUGAAAUUAACUCUAAAAACUCUUCAACAAUCCAAUCAAAUGUUGUCGACACCAGAUGUUCACAAUCUCGCGACAAAUCCAAAACUGGAAAAUGGUAGUUCAUCGUAUUCUCAAAAUUACAUCAAUGCAUAUCAAUCUAUCGAUGAAGAGCGCCGAGAGGGUGCGGCACUGAAUGAUUCGUCGUUAUCUCUUUCUCCAUCGUUACUUCGUCGGAAUACACCUUCGUCUAAACGCCGGAAAGUCUCCACACCAACAGGUCAAUACGAUUAUUCGAGCGAUUCGAAAAAUCAUCUUUCUCAAACGUCAGCAAGCGAUUUACUUUCACCGAAUCAUCAAACAAUAUCAAACGAUGAACUCAAUGGAAGUAGUCAACAGAAACAACAACGCAAAUUAGAUCCACGUACAUGUGCCGAAUGCGGUAAAACCUUAUUCAGUGAUAAAACGCAUCUACUUCACUGUCAAACGCAUGCAAAAAACGAAAAACAAUGUUGGAUUUGUGGAAUAACGGAUGACGAUAUUAAAAAGCAUAUUAUCAGCGAACAUGGAAAUCAAAAGUUUACAGAUACUGGUUUCAAGUGUCAACAUUGCGAAAAAGUUUUUCCCGUUUAUGCCGAUUUGGAAAUGCACAUGCGAGAGCAUACUAAGAAAAAACCGUUCGAAUGUCCGAUUUGUAAUAAACGCUUUGGUCAACAAGGAAAUCUAAGCUGCCACUUACGAAUACACAGUGGUGUUAAGCCAUUUACUUGUACCCAUUGUGGUAAAGCGUUUCGUCAUUCGAAUAGUUUACGGCGUCAUGCACGCACUGUUCAUUCAGUAUCGCGUGGUUUGACAAUGAGUCCAGGUUCAGGUGCUACCACAACAACGGCCACUCCAUCGUCACUUCUUCUGACCACUGCUACAUCUAGUAAUUCAAUGGUAUCAAUGGCAAACGAUAUACAUCGGUUGAGUACAAGUGAAGCAUAUGAUGAUGCCAAUUCAGGACUAAUGAUUCCAUCGGACGAUGCGGAAUCGCUACAAGGUCCACCGUCAACAUCGUCCGCUGGUGCACCGUCACCUUUAAUGUCCAAUGCACAAAUCGAUGAAGAUUCCCACGAAUAG